AUGCCUUACGCCCCCGGCGGAACAGCCGGAUGCUUGAGAGAGAAGGUAGGUUAUUUUCAGAGCUUCUCAUUCGAUACAGCUUCUGACAUUUGGCCUAUAUGGAAAGAUGCCGCUAAACAUCUGGAUCGGCUCCCCUCGUGGACUGCACCAGAUAAUACGCUAAUUAUGCAGGCGUUCGAAUGGCAUGUGCCCUCUGAUAAGCGACAUUGGAAUCGGCUCAAAGCUGCCCUCCCAGGUUUUAAAGCCAUUGGUGUUGAUCAGCUUUGGGUCCCUCCAGGAUGUAAAGGCAUGGACCCCUCAGGUAAUGGGUACGACAUUUAUGACUUGUUUGACUUGGGCGAGUUUGAUCAAAAGGGAUCCAUCUCUACCAAGUGGGGCACCAGGAAAGAGCUUGAGGACUUUGUGCAUCAAGCCCAGAGUAUGGGAAUUGGUAUCAUUUGGGACGCCGUUCUCAAUCACAAGGCUGGCGCGGACUUUCCGGAGAUAUGCCCGGCCGUAAAGGUCGAUCCUAAAAGACGGGAUGUUGAAAUAUCUGAACCAGCAGACAUAGAAGGCUGGGUUGGAUUUAAUUUUCCCGGUCGUGGUGAUCUAUAUAGUUCUAUGAAAUAUCACUGGCAACACUUCAGCGGCGUUGACUGGGAUGAAAAGAGCAAGAAAGAGGCCAUCUAUAAGAUUCUUGGGCCGGCCAAGGACUGGGCAGCAGAUGUCUCCGAUGAAAAUGGAAACUACGACUAUCUGAUGUUUGCCGAUCUAGAUCUUUCGCAUCCCGAAGUCCGCGGAGAUCUCCUCAAUUGGGGCACUUGGAUUACGAACACUUUAUCUCUCCAUGGAAUGAGAUUUGAUGCGUCCAAGCAUUUCUCUUCUGCCUUCCAGAAGGAUUUCGUUGACCAUGUUCGAAAAACUGCCAACAAGGACCUCUUUGUGAUAGGCGAAUAUUGGAGCGGAAACUUACGAGAUCUUCAUCGGUAUCUAGAUGAUGUCGAGAACAAGAUUGCCGCGUACGACGUUCCUUUAGUCUAUAAUUUCUCCAAAUUAUCCAAGAUACAAGGCGGAGAUCUUCGUGGUGUUUUCAAUGAUACAUUAGUACGGACCAGGCCGGACCAAGCUGUGACUUUUGUUGCAAAUCACGAUACACAACCUGGGCAGAUGCUUGAGACACCUGUAGCCUCAUCAUUCAAAUUACUAGCGUACGCGUUAAUUCUUCUCCGGAAGGAUGGGCAUCCUUGCAUAUUUUACGGUGACAUGUAUGGGAUUCGAGCUAAUGUCAAGCAACUGAUGACCCCAUCCUGUGGCGGUAAACUUCCCAUUCUAACUCAAGCGAGAAAACAAUAUGCAUAUGGUGAACAAGAAGACUAUUUCGACCAACCAAAUUGCAUAGGUUUUGUUCGAUAUGGUAAUGCCAAUCACACCUCAGGCCUUGCAUGUUGCAUUAGCAAUGCAGGGCCCGCAAAGAAACGCAUGUACGUCGGUGUAUGGAAUACGAGUCAGAGUUGGAUUGACAUAUUGGGGAACCAUCACGUCCCAGUCAGUAUUGACAAAUGGGGUUACGGUAUUUUUCCGGUCACUUCAAUGAGUGUUAGUGUCUGGGUUGAUUCAAGCACUGUGAACUUGCAUCCAAAUUUGUACGAACUAUCCUUUCCUUCUCCACUUGUGGCUGCUGACACUGUCUGGUAG